UAGAGGGAGCCUGAGCCCGCCCGGCUCCUCCGGCGUCAAUGGUCCGGGGCUGGGUUUCGGGGCUGGUUUCUUUCUCUCUCCUCCUCCCCGGCCCUGUUCGCUUCCUUCCCCCGCGACCGCGCUCGGAGCAGGCAGGAAGGGAGGCGGCGGGAUGGGGCCGCUGCCCGCAGGGAUGCGUUAGUGCCCGGACACCCCAGCCUGGGCCCCGCCGGGACGCGGUGAAGCCAAGGCACCUGAGCAUCUCUGCAAUGGCCUCAGGGAACGAUGGUGACCCGCUGAGGGACUGGGGACGGCGGGGAAGCAACAGGCAGAGGCCAUCACAGGAGCUCAACUCAGAGGACCAGGUGGCCGAGGAGACGGAGGAGGUGUUUCGGAGCUAUGCCUUCUACCGCUACGAGCAGGAGAGAGAGGAGCGAGGGGAGGAGGUGCCCGUGGACCAGGAGAUCAUGGACAUCGAGGAGGAGCUGGGCAGCACCGGUAGCCAGGUGGGCCAGCGCUUGGCCAUCAUCGGCGAUGACAUCAACAAGCGGUACGACGCGGAGUUCCGCUGCCUGCUCAAGUCCCUGCAGCCCACCAAGGAGAACGCCUACGAGUGCUUCACCCGAAUAGCCUCCAGCCGCUGCUGCUCUCACCGCUUUGCCAGCCUGAGGCGGUUAAGGCACCGCAAACAGCUUGUUCGAGAGCGGCAUCAACUGGGGCCGGGUGAUCGCGCUGCUGGGCUUUGGCUACCGCAUGGCCAUCCACGUCUACCAGCAAGGCAGGACCGGCUUCCUGCGCUGGAUCGCCCGCUGCGUCGUGGAGUUCAUGCUCCGGAACCGCAUCGCCCGGUGGAUCGCCCAGCAGGGAGGAUGGGCGGCUGCGCUCGAUCUGGACAAUGUUUACAUGAAGUACAUGCUGGUGGUGGUGGCCCUGGUCAUGGUGGGACAUUUAGUGGUACGACGCUUCUUCAAGCCCUAACCGAGGUGGUGGCAGAGGCUGGGGGGGUCCGGCCAAGCUCUCUCAAAUCUCUGCUCUGCGUUGAUCUUUCUCAAGAGAGGGGGGAUUUGAGGAACCUCCAGGAGAGAGCAGCUUGGACCUGAGACCCACCCCAGGGCCCAGGGUCUCUGCCAUCCAUGCAGAUGCCACCAGGAACUAUGGAGAGAAGCGGAGGGAGGGAGGGAAGGUCCAACUGUGUUGCCUGCUGCGUGCCUCACUCAGCUGCUGUGGACAGAGCAUCGCUGCGUCGGGCAGUGGGGCAGAGCCGGCUCCUCUGGAGACAGGAGUCUCGGGGAGCAAAGGUGUUGUGGGGGUGCCCAUGCGUGGGUCCCGUCUGCUCCGUGGGGCAGGCGUGGAGCUCCCCGUUUGCUGAUGGCUCUCCUCAAGCCCAUGCCUUUGAAGAGGGGUCGCAGCCUUGGGUGCUGCAGUUGCUGCUGUAAGGCACCGGAGGGGCAAGCCAACAUGAGCACAUGUGGGGCUUGCUUUCGUCUUCCCUCUGUUCCUGAGCGCAGAUACUUGAGCCUUCCCUUUCAACAAGCAUCCCUACCCCUUUCAAAGGAUCACACUGCCUGCUCUGACAAUCCAUGGCAGUGCUGGUGGGCAGGAUUGCCCUUCCAGCACCUGACCCUGGAGACCUGCUGCUCUCCCAUGGCUGAUGCGGG